AUGUCGGACGGAGAAGACGAUACCAAGUCCCAAGUUAGCGCGGCCGCCGAGGUCGAGGUCUCCGCGGAUGCAUCCGGCGGCAAGGGCCAGAUGAGCGUGCUCGAGGCCCUCAAGGGUGUCCUCAAGCUCGCUCUCAUCCACGACGGUCUUGCCCGUGGUCUCCGUGAGGCCUCCAAGGCGCUUGACCGUCGCCAGGCUCACAUGUGCGUCCUCAACGAGGCGUGUGAGGAGGAGGCGUACAAGAAGCUUGUCGUUGCUCUGUGCAGCGAGCACAAGAUUCCCCUCAUCAAGGUGCCUGAUGGCAAGCAGCUCGGCGAGUGGGCUGGUCUCUGCCAGAUUGACCGUGAAGGCAACCCCCGCAAGGUCGUCAACUGCUCUUGCGUUGUCGUCAAGGACUGGGGUGAGGAGUCCCAGGAGCGCAGCAUCCUCCUCAACUACUUCCAGACCGAGCAGUAA